UCUCUGUUGAGUGGGAAGUCAAACACGACAAUCAUGAUGAAGGUCGCCGCAGCAGCAACCUCUCUGUCGCUCGUGGCCGCAGCGCCAUACACACCUCCAACAUACACGACGCCAUCCAACCUCACACACCCAGGCCUCGACAUUCUCGCCAAACGCGCAGGCCUACUCUACUUCGGCACCGCCAUUGACAAUGUCGUCCUCAACAACACAGCCUAUGUCUCCAUCGCGCAUAACGUUUCCGAAUUCGGACAGGCUACGCCUUCCAACGGGCAGAAGUGGAUGUACAUUGAGCCUCAGCAAAAUGUGUUCAACUAUAGCAUGGCCGAUGCCAUUAUGAAGCCCGCAAAAGAAGCUGGGCAGAUGAGGCGUUGCCACACCUUUGCGUGGCAUUCCCAGCUCCCCGAUUGGGUGAACAACGGUAAUUGGACCAAAGAAACGUUGACGGCAGUGCUGGAGAACCAUAUCAAGAACGAGGCGCAGUAUUUCAAGGAUGACUGCUACGCGUGGGAUGUCGUGAACGAGGCCUUUGAGGAUGAUGGCUCGUUGAGGAACAGCAUUUGGUUGCAGGUUAUGGGUCCGGAGUAUAUUGAGCUUGCGUUCAAGUGGGCUAGGCAGUAUACGGGGAAUGGAACGAGGCUGUAUUACAAUGACUAUGGGAUUGAGAGGGUGAACAAUAAGAGUUUGGCAGUUGCAGAGAUGGCCAAGGAUUUCAUCGCUCGCGAUAUCCCCAUCGACGGUGUAGGUCUCCAGGCGCACUUCACAGUCGGUCGUGCCCCAACCUACGAUGAAGUCUCAGCUGCUCUCACUCUCUUUGACGACCUUAAGCUCGAGACUGCUCUCACUGAGCUUGAUGUUCGUAUCUUGCUCCCAGACUCCCCUGAGAAGCAGGAGUUGCAGGCUGAAGUCUACACCAAUGCUACCAAAGCUUGUGUAGAUGUUGCCGAGUGCGUCGGUGUUACUGUUUGGGACUUCUGGGACCCAGUCUCGUGGGUUCCGGAAUCUUUCCCGGGCUACGGAAACGCGUGUCUGCUUGAUGACGAUCUCCAGCGGAAACCGGCUUACUAUGCCAUUGAAAAGAUGUUGGAUGAGGUUGCGAAGAAGUGA